CCGCCGCCGCGCCCAGGCCGGGCCGAGCCGAGCUGGGUCGGGCCCGGGCCAUGCUGCUCACCGUGUACUGUGUGCGGAGGGACCUCUCCGAGGUGACCUUUUCCCUCCAGGUCGACGCCGACUUUGAGCUGCACAACUUCCGCGCGCUGUGCGAGCUCGAGUCCGGCAUCCCCGCCGCCGAGAGCCAGAUUGUCUAUGCUGAAAGGCCUCUUACAGACAACCACAGGUCACUGGCUUCUUAUGGCUUGAAGGAUGGGGACGUUGUGAUUUUACGACAGAAGGAAAGCACAGACCCUCGACCUCCGGUGCAGUUCCCAAACUUGCCCCGGAUCGACUUCAGUAGCAUAGCUGUGCCUGGCACAUCGAGCUCCCGGCAGCGCCAGCCAGCUGCCGUGAAGCCGUCCCACCUGUCUCCUGGGGAAACAUCCUCAUCACCUCAGGGCCUGGACAACCCAGCCUUGCUCCGAGACAUGUUGCUGGCCAACCCGCAUGAGCUGUCGUUGCUGAAGGAGCGCAAUCCACCCCUGGCAGAAGCUCUGCUCAGUGGAGAUCUCGACAGAUUUUCCAGAGUCCUGGUGGAGCAGCAACAGGACCGAGCUCGGAGAGAGCAGGAAAGGAUUCGUCUGUUUUCUGCUGACCCUUUUGAUCUUGAGGCUCAGGCCAAGAUAGAAGAAGAUAUAAGGCAACAGAACAUUGAGGAAAACAUGACGAUAGCUAUGGAAGAAGCUCCGGAAAGUUUUGGCCAAGUAGUUAUGCUUUACAUUAACUGCAAAGUGAAUGGACAUCCUGUGAAGGCCUUUGUUGACUCAGGUGCCCAGAUGACUAUUAUGAGCCAAGCUUGUGCAGAAAGAUGUAAUAUCAUGAGAUUGGUGGACCGUCGGUGGGCAGGGAUUGCCAAAGGAGUGGGGACUCAGAAGAUUAUUGGAAGGGUGCAUCUUGCUCAGGUGCAGAUAGAAGGAGAUUUCCUUGCGUGUUCCUUCUCUAUCCUUGAGGAGCAGCCCAUGGACAUGCUCUUGGGACUGGACAUGCUUAAACGGCAUCAGUGUUCCAUUGAUCUCAAGAAAAAUGUCCUGGUGAUUGGCACCACUGGCUCACAAACCACCUUCCUUCCAGAAGCAGAGCUACCAGAGUGUGCUCGGUUGGCGUAUGGGGCUGUACGGCCAGAGGAGAUUGCAGACCAAGAAUUAGCAGAAGCCAUUAGAAAAUCAGCAGAGGAUGCAGGUAAUAGGAGUGACUGGAGUCUGACUGUUGCUCAUGAACCAAGGAAGCACUUCAGAGGGGUCUCACCAUCCAGGCGUAGACUAUUAACAUUUGUCUUACUGCUUCCUCCUGCUUCUUCCUUCAGUGAGCAGGUGCAGUGUUUCCGCAGGUCAGGAGCAUCUUGCUGUGUGCAGCAGCACUGCAGUUACUUGGUUGGAUUGUUUGGUUGGCUUCCUUUUUUUCCCUAAUGGGAGUUGUAAUACUGAACCCGCACUUUUAUUUUCAGCCGUGUUCCCCUAAAAAAUUUUUCCUUUUCAUAUGCCCAUUUAUUUUGGAGAACAGCAUUGUCCCUGUGAUGACAACACAGCCCUGACUUUUUAAAUAUUUUCUGAAAAUGCUGCCACCGAAGGACAGAACUCACCAAAGGUGGGCAGCGUGACUGGCCUUUGGUCAGAGUGCACGGUUUCAUGUCCUUCUUGGUCACAAUGUGUGCUUGAGCCCUACCGAAGCUAGGUAUCAACUACUAAAGUAAAGCUACCUUAUCUUUUUUUCCUGUGGAUAAAAGGUGCAUGGUUGUAGCCUGUUCUAAGAUGGAGCCAAGUUUUCUGGGUGAUGUAAGGCAGUGCAGUCUGUGUUUAACAGUCCCCAUCUGUUACACAACAGUGACUCUAGGAUGUGUUAACUUUUUGUGUUUU